UUUAACGUGUUUGUAAGGUGCUUGUGAUACAUGUACUGUGAAGUAAACAGAUUUUAUUACACUGACCGUUACCUUUCACUAGUGGUUACAUCAGUGCGAGUACUUUUUCUGUGGUUUCUUAUCUAAAUUUUUCUCAGAAUGAAGUAAACUGUCUAAUGCUUCACGCAGAUGAAAGGGCUGGGGUGUUUUUUAUACCGUCCCAUUAUGGAUCAACCGGAGGUGGUCAUAUAGUGAAGGAAACCAGAAUUGGGCGAGCAAUCUGACAACUGAAACGUAAUGGUUAGGCAACGCAACUCUGCUUUCCUCAACAUUAAACGGACUGUUCUUGAAUCAGUUUGAGAUGUUCUAAUUUAGAAACCACAAGUGCUGGAAUCCUAAACACUUGCGGUUAGUGUUGUCUGUGAGUAUUGGAAGUUUGGACUCCACAGCAUGGCCCCACAACUGCAUCCUGGUGAUCGAGUCCUAAUCGAAAUUCCAGGUCGAGAAAUAUACGAAGGCACCGUCCAAUACGUUUCACCUCGAAGCAUAGAAUUAUAUGACAUUUUUUGUCAGAAAACAAAUACACCCUAUCAUGGGAGUAUGACCUUUUAUCAUAAUGAAAUAUUAAGUUGUUCUCACAUACAAAGUGUUCCUAAACCAAGUGAGCCAACGGCUGUAAAUGGGACAACGUUUGAUGCAUCUAAAAAAAUUGAAAUGGAUCCAGAUGAAUUUCAUCGAUUGAGGCAGAUGACUUUCAAUUAUGUUUUUGUGAAUACGUUUGGAAAGUCCUUUGAUGAGGCCUAUGAACAGUUGUCUGACAGAGAAGCCGUAGCUGUAGUUGGUUUAGGUAAUACUUUUGUAAGGGGAAAGGGACUGAGUUUAUUGUUAAUAGCAGACUUUAAGACAGUUUAUAUUUUUGAUAUAUUCUGCUUGGGCAAACUGGGACAUUUACAAGACAUUUUAGAGUCUACUUUUAUCUGCAAAGUACUACAUAAUGGCUCUGCUUUAUAUGAUUGCCUUUAUCAUAAGUAUAAAGUUGAAAUGCAAAACGUCUUUGAUACAAAGAUUGUAGAUAACAGAAUAUCUUCAGAAAAAAAUACCAACCAAAAUAUAAGUGAAUGUUUAACAAAACAUUUUAAUUUUCCACCAUCCUUGCUUUCAGCAGCUAUUGAUGAUAUGACGGAUAAAAUAUGGCAUGAGAGACCAGUUAUAAAGAGCAGCAAUAUUAAGGCAGCCCAGUUAGUUGUCUAUCUACUACCUUUGAGGGAUAAGCUGAUGUCACAUAUUAUGAAAAACUUUACUGAUGAAAUUACUGCCGAGUAUGUUAAGUACAAGAAAAUCACGGAUGCCGAAUUACUGAAAUUUAAAACGUAAUUUUGUAUUGUCUAUUUUUAUGCAGUUCAGAUGUUUAUCUGUUCCCAUUUUAAGUCCUGAGGUUGUGAAUAAAACUUUGUAUAUUUAUAAUUUUUACACAAAGCAGGUGGAGUUCUGUUUGGUUUUUAAUGAAAAUUUAAAAGUUUUUCUAGGUUUGGAUGAACAAAUACCAAAUUUGUGUAAAAUUAAUUAUUAUUUAAAAUUUUAAUUCAAGCUUAUUUGGUAAGAUUAUGUUCCACAAUUAAUCAUAUGUUUAAUUUUAAUUAAUUUUUUUCUUUGAAAGAUUAACCUGGAUGAAUUAAAUUUUAAAGCAACGGACAGCAUACGUUGACCUUUUUCCACACUUCCGACAUGGUUUGUUUUAUUGUGAUAGUUAUAAGUAAAUGUUAAAUCAAAAAAAUGUAAUUAUGUACUUAACGGGAAUAAUAACAGUAAAAUAAUUCCCAUCUUUUGCAAAAUGUGUUGGAAAAAGCACUAUCUGCGGAAAAAUGUUAAUUUGGUAAAACGUGACAGCACAGAAAUAAAACAUAUGAUUUGUUGCGAUAUUUUUUGUAUGUUAAUUAUGUAGUCAGAGAACGUGUUACAAAUGAGUAGUAAUCUUAGAAUUUCGUAAUUUAUUCAUGAAACGCACUGCCACUUUCUGAAAAUUUGGUUUGUAACAGUAACAAAUAAUUUAUUUACUUUUAUAUGAAUUUAAUUUGAAAUUUCUUUAAAUCUGAGGAAAGCUUUAUAAAAUUUACUGUUAAAUAAAUGAAUGAAGUUUUAUUUUUACAAUGUUACAAGCUAAAGUUAUGUAUGAGAAAACGUUUUUUACUAUUAUUUUUUUCAAAAUGGCUAUCUUUCGCAGAUGGUUGUGAAAAUUAUAUAAAAUUGGCAAUCAAGUUUAGUAAUUUUGAAAUUAUGAUUUUUUUUUUGACGAAUUUUUUUUCUUUGCGUUUUUUUUUUAAAUCAUCAUUUUGUUACUCUAUUGUAACUAGAGCUAAGUAAAGGUAGGUGUGCACAGUCAUGGCCUACUGCGUCGACAACCAUUCUGAAAUGUUAUGUGCUUAUACUAAACUUGCUGAACAGAUGCAACUAUCAGGUGAACAGGCGUGCUAAAGCCUCGUUGAAUCUGCCGAGGCUUGAAGACAUGUGUCUAUGCGGUAGGAACGCUUGGUUCAUUGAUCGUCCGCUUUUAUUACUACAUCUGUUCGGUGAUACAAGUAUAGUGGAAAAUAAUUUAUUUUGUGUUGUAUUAAGUUUGCUGUGAAAUAAUACUUCCUUUGCUUACGCUCAGGAAGUAAAAAACAGUGUAUAUUGAGAAAAUAUAAAUAUGUUUUUGUUA